UGUUGACAAAGCAAGUUGACCGCCGGUUAAGGAAGCAAAACCCCUUGUGAGUUAGACUCGUACGUUUCAGGCUGCUGGUCAGAUCGUAAAGACUGAAAUGUCCCAUGUUUUCUUCGUGGCUUCCGGUGUUACUGUAGAGUUCCCGCGUCCUCCUGUGGUUCUGCACAGCUGCCACUUUGUGCAGCAGCUUCUGUCGAUCUUCCUCGGGGAGAUUUGUCUAACCCGUGAUCCAUGUAAAAGGUGAAGAGGAGAGAGGAGGUAAACACCGGGGAACGUCGCUGCUGCUGUCGGUCGCUAUGGACAUCCAGAACGAGAGGAGACGGCUGCUGGAUGCGGAGGGUGGAGAUGAGGAUCCUACAGGACUCAUGUCUGAGCAGGAUGCUUAUCUGAGCAAAGUGAAGAACAGGAAGUUGUACCUGGCGGCGUUUGCAUCUGUUCUGGGUCCCAUGAGCUUCGGCUUCGUGCUGGGCUACAGCUCUCCCGCCAUCCCCGAGCUCACCAAGAUCGCCGACCCGCGGCUGCGUCUGGACGACGUCCAGGCCUCCUGGUUUGGGUCCAUAGUGACGCUGGGGGCGGCGGCGGGCGGCCUGCUGGGCGGUUGGAUGGUGGACAAGAUCGGCAGGAAGCUCAGUCUGAUGUUCUGCUCGCUGCCGUUCGUCUUCGGCUUCACCGUCAUCAUCGCGGCGCAGAACGUGUGGAUGCUUUACCUCGGCAGGGUGCUCACCGGCCUCGCCAGCGGCGUCACGUCGCUGGUCGUCCCGCUCUACAUCUCUGAGAUGGCACACGAGCGGGUCCGUGGGACACUGGGCUCCUGUGUGCAGCUGAUGGUGGUGCUAGGCAUCAUGGGAGUUUAUCUCGCAGGUCUCUUCCUGGACUGGCGCUGGCUGGCGAUCUGCAGCUCCAUCCCGCCGACGCUGCUGAUGGUCUGCAUGUGCUUCAUGCCGGAGACGCCUCGCUUCCUGCUGUCGCAGGGCAAGAGGCGGGAGGCCGAGGAGGCGCUGCGCUUCCUGCGAGGACCGGACGCCCCCGUCGAAUGGGAGUGCGCUCGCAUCGAGGACGCCUGUGAGGAGCAGGGCUCCAGUUUCCAGUUGUCCGACCUGAAGGACCCCGGCGUCUACAAGCCCCUGGUGAUCGGCAUCAUGCUGAUGAUCUUUCAGCAGAUGACGGGGAUCAACGCCAUCAUGUUCUACGCUGAGAACAUAUUUGAACAAGCACAUUUUAAGGAGAGCGACCUGGCCUCGGUGAUCGUGGGUCUGAUUCAGGUCGUCUUCACAGCUGUAGCGGCGCUGAUCAUGGACAAGGCCGGAAGGAAAGUCCUCCUCAUCAUUUCAGGCGUUGCCAUGGCGAUCAGCACGACAGCCUUCGGGGUUUACUUCUACCUGAUGUCGCAACUUCACAGCACCGCCCCGCCGGGUGAAGAGCCCCACGCUGACCUGGCCUGGCUGGCCUUGGCCAGCAUGGCCGUCUUCAUCACAGGUUUCGCUCUGGGCUGGGGUCCGAUCCCGUGGCUGAUCAUGUCGGAGGUUUUCCCCGUCAAAGUGAGAGGGUUUGCCAGCGCCGUCUGCGUCCUGACCAACUGGAGCAUGGCGUUCCUCGUCACCAAAACCUUCCAGGACAUGAUGACCGCUCUAACCAGCGCCGGGACCUUCUGGUUGUUCGCCUGCACGUGCAUCCUCAAUGUCAUCUUCACCAUGGUCUGCAUCCCAGAAACCAAAGGCAAGACACUGGAGCAAAUCGAGGCCACGUUCAGAGGGACGUCAGGUCCAUGAGAAACAGAAACAGUUGAAGCUAAUGCAGAUUAAUACAACAGCACCGUCAUGAAGGUUGUAGUGUCCCGUCAGAGACUGUUGAUUCAGCUGUGUGAUCAUUUUGGAGGCUGGAGCUUGUGCUGUGCUGCGCCCCGAGGUCUUUCCAGUGUUUUGUCCGUCCCAUUUACAUCAAAUUGGCAACUGGGCGUGAACCACCUGUGUUUGCAGGAAGUCUGUCCUAAACCCUUCAGCAUAAAAGAAUUUGAUAAUCAGACCAUUAAAUACAGUUUAAAUCCUUUAUGUUUAAUAUCAGCAUCAAAAUGAGGUCUCACUGUUGUAAUUCAUCUCCAAGUCCACACACUGAGAUGAGCCAAGUUCUUCUGUGCAGGUGUAACAUUUCCUCAGGUGUUGGACAGUUUUAAUAUAUGCACUACAACGUUGCAGAACGACAUAAUACUGGAGUUCAUGGACAUAGAAAAGGUUUUACUGUAUGUGCACAGAGGUCUCUGUUCUCUGGGGUCUCAAUUAUUUUCUAUAACAGAGCAAGAUUUAACUUUUUGAGGUUUGAAAACUCUUUAAAGGUAAUUGUAAAAAGGUUAGGAUUUCCAUCUUUCAAAGAGAAAAGAAACUGCUCUAAGAUUUAAUUAAUGGCAUUAUAAUGGAAUCUAAUGGUGCAGAGCUUUUAUUGUGAAAAAGAUAUUUCUCACUCAUCUUCUCAUAUCAGUGUGUUGUAGUUCCAGUUCUCACGAGUUAUAAUUAAACACAACAUCUGUCUUAAUUCUUAUGUAUCAUUAUGUUGAGCUUGUUAAUUCGGAGAUCGUUUUCUACUCUUAAAAUAUGUUUGGACUUUUUUUUUUCCACUUAAAUUCUCAUUUGAAAACAUGUUGCACAAUGCUACGUCAUGCAGAGAAGUGCAGGGGCCUCUAGAAACUAUUUUGAUUCAGUGCCAAACUAGAAUUAUAAGAAUGAUGUCAGUCAUUGCUCCUCAAAGUGUCUUUGAUGACUUCUGCAGAAACAAAACCAAAUUUAUUAUAAAUGUUGAGUUGAUCAUGAAGUGACAAGAGUCUGCUGUUUACACUGACUGAGCUGACUGUUAAUUAAACUGUGCAGUUUACAUCAUCACAGAUAUGAGGUGAAAUUAAACAGAUUGUGAUUUAAAAAAAAAAAAAAAAAAUUUUAAUACUGUCAUUUAUAGAAUUUAAAACUGCCAGCUGUAAACUCUCUGUGGGAAGAAUAUGUUUUUGUAAUAACUUCCUCUUCAGAUUUUCUUGUAAAGAAAAUGUUUAUUAUCUGACAUGUACACACUUGGGAUAGUGAUGAUAUUUGAUUUUAUACUUAAGAAAAACUGACUUGUCUGUAGAAAACAGAUCAUCCAACUCUUUUUUUUUCUCUUUUUAUUCAUGAUUUUAUGGUGUUUGUUUUGUUAUGAGUUCAGUGAAGCUAUGAAAUCGAUAAACCACCCACUCUUUAACCCUUCUCCGGUGGCUGGAUGGUUGUAAUACAUAUAAUUUACACAUUCACUCUGUGUUCGGUCUGAGGCGGAUCAAAUGAAGCUCUUUGUCCCAGUUUCUCCACUGAGUUUUUGUUCAUUAUCCUGGGGUGAAACUGAAUUGUACCACAAAACGGUGUCCGUGAAUAAAAUCACUGCUGUUUUGAA